AUGCGGGCUCCGAAGCGGCCCACCAGCGACGACGCCGCCGCCGUGCGGGAGUCCAUCUUUGCGCAGCUGGAGGCCAUCAGGACCCUUUCCAGUGGCCACCACCCAUCGUCCGAGCUUGGGCUGCAGCUGCACGCCCCGAACUCCCCAAUGCGUGGGAACGGCGGCUCUGCCACCCGGGGCAACACGGGUCAUGCUUCUGUGCAGCUGACGCCCCGCACGCGACGGCUGCCGCCGAUCUUUGCGGAACAGCGGCGGAACGUUGCCAGCAUCCGCACGGUCUGCAACAGCCUUCGCGAGAUCCUGCAGCAGCUGGACGUUGACUUUGGACGCGUUAGUGUUUCGCUCCCGUUGCCGACGGCGGAGGUCAAAGAUGCGGCCGUGGGGGGCGACGCACCUGGGGAGCCGAUCAUGCAGCUAUUGCAACGCCGUUCGCGUCGUCAGUUACUUGCGCGGUUGCAGCGUACGCCGUCACGGACGCAGAGGCUCGCGGAGGUCACUCGGGGAGGCAGCGGCGUGGAGGACCUGCAGGACGAGAUCAACCGCGCCCGUCUCGCGGCGGCCGACGAGGGCCUCAGCGACGAGCAGUCCGUCAGCGACUACGCGGAGGAGCCGGACGUGCCCCGCUUUGACCCCGGCACUCAACUGCGGGAUGAGGUGGAGGCGAUGGAGGGCUCGCUGCGCAAGAUCAGCGAGUGCGUGGCCACUAUGACAGCCAUCGAGGAGUGUGACGCCGGCAACUCCUGGUGGAGCUCUGCCAUGCGGACGCGGGAGAUGAAGGCCACCGGAAUUCGCGCCAACUACCACGCGCGCUGCAUCCUCAGGUGGAACCAGCGCGCCCGCGAGCACUUCCUUGUUGAGGCUGUCGCCUCCAACGACCAGAUGGGGCGGUGCCGGGGGGACAUGUUGUACCUCCGCGAGCAGCAUGCGCUGUUUCAGAAGCGCAUCGAGUUGUCCCACCAGGAACAGGCCGAAGUCGCGGAGGAAAUGAAGACGCUGCAAGACCAACUAUACGACCUCAACCGCACAAAGACCGAGCUGCAGCGGCAGCUCGUUAAGGCGGCGCAUGAGCGGCAGCUGCUGCCGGACGACUGCGAGGACGCCACGCUGGCGGAGUUACUACUGCUGCUGGACUACGUCAGCUGGCCAGCGUCGCUGCAGCCGGAUGUUGACUGCGUCAAGGCGUGGGUCCGUGAGAACGCUAUCCCGCUGGAUGUAUAG